AUGGCAAUUCUUCGUUCACUAACCACGGUCGUCGAGGUACAGGAAGACCGUCUGGCCUUGGUGCAUAUUCCUUUGGAUCUGUAUCCGUUCUUCCUGAAGCCUAUUCUGCAGGUGUUUUUUCACGAGGUCAGUCCUUUGGAUGAUGAUAGGGAGACUAUUGUGGAAAUCAACGUGGACAAUGGGCCUUCUCUUGAGGACAAUACGGGCACAGCGACGCCAGAGCAGCCUGCAUUUUUGAAUAUCUCAAUCACGCCAGUCGAGUGCUCUGUGAUGUGUCCGCGGAAGUUGGCUGAUCAGUACUUUGCCCCGCUGGUUGAGGGGUUUCGAGCUGUUUCGUCCGAGUCGGACAGUCUGUCUAUCACGAGGGACGAUUUUAUUGCCAUGCAGGUCUACGGUGAGGGCUUGGAGGCUGGUCAGCGGGUUCUUGAGCUGACGAGUCCGUUGGCUAUGGCGGGAAUUUCUAUCUUCUUCGUCUCAACCUACUUCUCCGACUACAUCAUCGUUCCCUACAAGUCCAAAACCCAAGUAAUCGAAGUGCUCGAGAACCGCGGCUUUCAAUUCGAAAUCUCCACCGAGAGCUUCGCCAAUAGUCACAACCAUAGCCAGUUCGACCGCUGCUUCAGUCCGAUGUCUUCGCGCUCCCCGAGCAGCAUGGGCUCUCCCCCAUCCACACCACCACCUUCGACACUAGACGAACUACAAACCCGCACCUUCACCUCCCUCCACAAGAACCACAUCCUCCCCUCAGUCGACCGCUCCCUGCGUCUCGUCCAAUGUGCCGCUCAUCACCGGUACACAAGCGACGCCAGUUCUAUCUCCAUUCUCCGCGAAGCCCUCACCACAACCUUACUUGUGGACAACCCGCGAUUCCUCUCUCUGACCCUAACAGCAGCCGAUCCAGCCGCCUCCCUCCUCCUCGAGAAGCGCCUCCUCCCACGCUUCUUCUCCACCGCAGACUCAACUUCUGAGCCAAACGACGACGAAACAAGCCUCCUCCUAGGCUCAAAGGAAGACAUCCUCGUCCCCAUCAUGCUCGAUCUCCGCAAACUGCCCCUCGAAGCAACUGGUAUCGUCUGCGGCGUUGCCAGCCGUCUCGCAGAAGCAACUCACAGCGACAAUAACGACGACAGCAGAGCCUUGCAUCAAUCCACAAACGCCUCCACAUCGACAACCAGCAUCGCUGCUCUAUCUUCCAAUUCCCGCUCCACAAUUCAUUCUUCAUCCUUCGAUAGUUACAUCAAGAACGUUUUCUCCUCGAGCGCCGGAAGCACCAACUGCACCCCCAGUAGCAUUGGCAACGGUGGACCCGUCCGCUUACCCUAUACUCACGCAAACACAUCUAUGCCUAUGCACAGGUUACAGCCAGAUUUUGAUAACUCGGUUGAUACGGCCGUGGAGAUUAGCUUCUUGAGUACGGCGAGGGCUGGGACGAUUCUGGUCGGUGAGUAUGAGUUGAUUCGUGCUGUGGAUGCGUUGGAGGCGGAGAGUCGGGAGCAGAAGGAGUUGGAGGAUGGGUUGAUUCAGGGAUUUGAGGAUUGA